UGGGGACCCGGUCGCGAAAAAAUAGUAGAAGGCAGUCAUGGCUCGAGUUUUUGUCACAGUUUGUUGUUUCGUAGCGUUUGGCGCUCUAGUGCUUGGGGGGACAGUCGGCGAAGAGAAGAAGCCCAAAGCGACUAUUGCUGUUCAAGCGACAAACAACACUCAAGUGCCGUCGGUCACUUACAUUGUGAGUGCUGUCGAGUGUUUGGAAGAAGCUUAUUCGAUUUAUGACAAUGACGAGGAUCGAGCCACUUUGUACGCAGCCCUCUUUGAGGAGAAACACAACGGGUCGUGGAAUGUGAUCGUUGGUUACACGGCUGUUUUUGUCCAUUCUGAUAUCUACGUCGAGACGAUGGUUACGGGCGAAAAGAGCAAAAAGAGCGACGAUGCCAACAAAUUGUUUUUCAUUUAUUCCGACUAAUUUGGUCGAAAAUAAUAAAUUUUUGUAAAUUUUAA